AUGGCCACAUUGACAAGUGCACAUUUGCUCAAGGAUUUGAGAAUUGUUAUUCAUAAUUAUUUAUAUAAAGAGAAUGCUAUGAAAUUAUCAAGAAUUCAUCAUGAUCAAUCAGUGAAGCCCCUGGAUCGAGCAGUCUUCUGGAUUGAGUUUGUCAUGUGCCAUAAAGGAGCCAAACACCUUCGGGUUGCAGCCCACGACCUCACCUGGUUCCAGUACCUCUCCUUGGAUGUGAUUGGGUUCCUGCUGGCCUGUGUGGCAACUGUGAUAUUCAUCAUCACAAAAUGUCUGUUUUGUGUCUGGAAGUUUGUUAGAACAGGCAAGAAGGGAAAAAGAGAUUAA